AUCCCGACAUGUCGCAUCCGCAUCUCGAUCAGAUUCCGUAUGCGAGAUCGAUUGCUCGGGUCAUGCAGGUAGUCGCCGCGAGAAAAAGCAAAGCAUGAGGGGUAGGUAUAUGUAUUCGGCAUCCCGAUCAGUGUCACUCGGAUAGCUGCAUACACCGCUCUGCCGUAUUCUCUUCUCAUAAAUUGCUCAUCUGCCCUCUGUCUUGUUUCACAUUUUCCCAUUCCUGUCAUUCCUUCGGUUGCGCUCGAAUUUCUGUACGUUUUCUUCUCGGGGCGCGUUGUCGAAGCACGUUUCCACAGGUACCCAUGGCCGCUCCAAAGUCCAAACUCAAGAAAACAAAGUCCAAUAAAACUUCAACUUCCACGCACAGGCCCGCAUCAGAAGGAUUGACUAACUCUACCAAUUCAUCUUCGAACCUCCUAGAACUACGGGCCAGUCGCCAGAGCCACCAAGGCUUUCCACCGUCCGGUGACUCCACCCACGCGGCUCCGUCGUCAGCCUCAGAAAGCAAACUCGAGACACUACCAGUAGAAGUCCUGAAUCACAUCCUCUCUUACCUCAUCACUCCACGAUCCAGACUCCCGGGCCUUUCGGAAGGUGAAAGCGCACACGACUUCCCCCGACCCGAGCAACAUCGAAUCAAAGGCGAAGAGGAUCGAGCCUCUUCCCCCGACACCGAACGCUUCGCAGCCGACCUCUUCUCCUGGACCGAGCUCCGCCAUCCGUUCAAUGCCUUAGCUGCGACAUCCAAGCGUUGCUGCGAGCUUGUCGAGAGCUACUCCGCUCAUCUUGUGAAGGCCUGCAAUCGGUUCAACCUCCCGUUUCCGCAGAUGGACGAAUAUGGAGCCGAAUCAGUGUAUCCUGAUCUGAGUGGAAUAGUGUACCGCCGGCUACUACUCCAAGUCACGCCUCGACCCUGCGUCUUCUGCGGCGGCGUGCUGAGCGCCUACCCUCACAGAUCAGUCAUCCGACUCCUUUUAACAUGCGAAGACUGCUUCUAUGCCCAGGCUCUCACUCCGGAUGAGAUCCAAAGGCAAUACCACAUCUCCGACACUUCCUUCCUCGCUGCCAACGGUGUCCGCGCAAGUAGCAACUUCGAAUGGGUCCUCCGCAUAGAUGUUGAGGCGUUAGUCCUAAAGCUUUAUGGAACCAGAGCAUUCCACGCCACGCAUCCCGAUCUAGAAUCAAAGCCUUGUGAGAUAUGCCGCCGCCGUCAAACCGACCACGAGGGAGCGGGGACCGUGCUGCGGGAUCCCAAGAGGCGGAGACGAAAUCUACCAGCACAUGUAAAACGCACGCCCGGAUCUACACGAGCAAAACAAUAAGCUGUCAUCGACAGAUAUCCUCGACUUCGGUCGCUCUUGCGCCCGCAUUGGUGUACAGCUGGACCAUUCUUUCUCUAGCACCUUUCUUCCCGUUUCUCCUGCUUCCACUUCCUCCUUUGUUUCGAAAGAGCUCCUUGUUUCGGUUUUGUUUCUCUUCCGCUGAAGCGGCUGUUAACGAAUAUGUACGACUGUACGACUGUAUGACUGUAGGAAGUAUGGGAAUAUGGAGGAUAUCAUAGCAUCAAGGUAUCUAUAGACAAUCAAGAAAAG